GAAGUGAAAGAUGAAGACCUCCGUGGCUGUGUUGACUUUAUCCCUCCUCUACCUUGGCAUGGCUGAGGUGCAGCAGCUGGAUCACCGAGCAGAAGAGGGCAAUAGCACAGAGAUUCCUACUAUCAAGCCAGCUUGUCUGUGUGCUGGUGACGUAACAGGGAGCCAGAAAAACUCUUGCCAACUUGUUGUCAUGUUAAGAGAGCUGGAGGCCAAACUGAAAAACACUGAGAAACACUUAGAGGAUCUGAGGGGAGAGGUCCAAGCCUCUCAAGGUAAGCGGGUGGCAUUUGGAGCAUCUAUCAGCAGUGUUGGAACUAUUGGACCUUUUAAUGUUGAGAUCACACUGACCUACAAGAAUGUGUUCACAAACACAGGCUCAUACAACCCUGCAACAGGUAUUUUCACUGCUCCAGUCAGAGGAAUCUAUUACUUCAGCUUCUCUGGACAUAAUGUAUCAUCUAGACCAAUGGGGUUGCGCCUGAUGAAAAAUGGAGUGCAAAUGGUUACUGUGUACAACCAUGUGGCUGGAAACCGCUAUGAGACAGCAACCAAUGGCAUGACUCUACAGCUUGAAGUGGGAGACCAGGUGUACAUGAGACUCCGGGCAAACACCUGGAUUUUUGACAAUGACGUGAAGCUCAGCACCUUUAUUGGUCAUUUGUUGUUCUCUCUGUGA